AUGCCGCCACCACCGCAUAUCAAACCUGAGAAUGUCCUCAAGAGGGCCCAGGAACUCAUCGCCGUCGGUCAGGCUCCCGCUGCCCUGACCGUCCUCCACGAGCAUGUCACUUCUAAGCGCACCCGAAGCAGCCCGAUCGCUUCGCUCGAGCCCGUUAUGCUCCUCUUCGUGGAACUCGCUGUCGACCUGCGCAAGGGUAAGGCUGCUAAGGAUGGUCUGUACCAGUACAAGAACAUCGCUCAGAACACCAACGUCGGCACCAUCGAGAUCGUCCUGAAGAAGUUCAUCGAGCUCGCCGAGCAGAAGGUCACUGAGGCCCAGACCAAGGCCGAUGAGAUUCAGUCUUCCCUCGAGUCCGCCGCUCCCUCCUCCAACAUCGAAGAUCUGGAGGCCAUCGAGACUCCCGAGACCAUCCUGCUAGCCACCGUCUCCGGUGAGCAGUCUCGUGACCGCACCGACCGCGCCGUCGUCACUCCCUGGUUGAAGUUCCUAUGGGAGACGUACCGUACCGUCCUCGAGAUUCUGAAGAACAAUGCCCGCCUCGAGAUCAUGUACCAGUCGACCGCUCUGCAGGCCUUCCAGUUCUGCCUCAAGUAUACCCGCAAGACAGAGUUCCGCCGUCUCUGCGAGCUGCUCCGCAACCACGUCCAGAAUGCCGCCAAGUACUCUUCCCAGAUGCACGCUAUCAAUCUGAGCGAUGCCGAUACCCAGCAGCGCCACUUGGAUACCCGUUUCCAGCAGCUGAACGAGGCCUUCCGCAGUAUUGAGGACAUCCACACUCUUCUGAACCUGAGCAAGCGUCCCGCUAAGAACGUUAUGAUGGCCAACUACUACGAGAAGCUCGCCCGUAUCUUCCUUGUCAGCGAGAACUACCUCUUCCACGCCGCCGCCUGGAACCGCUACUACAACCUUCUCCGUCUCUCCACCGUUGCCUUGGCUUCCGGCCAGAGCACCAAGAAGGAAAACCCCUCCGUUACUGAUGCCGAGAUCACCAAGGCCGCUUCUUUCGUUCUUUUGUCCGCUCUGUCCAUCCCCGUCAUCAGCACUGACCGCUCCCGUGGCGCUCUGAUCGACGUUGAUGAGGCCCGCAAGAACAAGAACACCCGCCUCACUAACCUGCUGGGUAUGGCCUCUGCCCCCUCUCGCUCCGUUCUGUUCCGGGAUGCUCUCAACAAGGGUCUCCUGAAGCGCGUUCGCCCCGAAAUUCGCGAACUGUACAACAUCCUCGAGGUCGACUUCCACCCGCUCUCGAUCUGCAAGAAGAUCACACCCAUUCUCAAGCAGAUCGGUGCCGAUCCCGAGAUGGAGAAGUACGUUGUGCCUCUGCAGCAGGUCAUUCUCACCCGUCUGUUCCAGCAGCUUUCCCAGGUCUACGACUCCGUCAAGCUCCAGUUCGUCUAUGAGCUCGCUCAGUUCCCCGAUCCCUUCCAGAUCACCCCCGCCAUGAUUGAGAAAUUCAUCAUGAACGGUUGCAAGAAGGGUGAUCUCGCCAUCCGUGUGGACCACAUCUCCGGCACCUUGUCCUUCGACUCUGAUGUCUUCUCUUCCUCCAAGGCUAUGCAUGCCGGUAGCGGUGCUGGAUCCGCCGAGAGCGAGUUCGGCUCUGUCCAGCGCCUCCAACACACCCCCGCUGAGAUUGCCCGCUUCCAGCUGGCUCGCCUGGCUAAGACUCUUCACAUCACCUCCAUGUAUGUGGAUCCCUCCUACAAUGAGGCCCGCCUCCAGGCCAAGCAGACCGCCCAGGCCCGUGCUUUGGAGGGUGCCGCUCAGGAGCACGAGGAGACCCUCGCUCGUCGUGUGGUCAUCGACAAGAAGAAGGAGGCCGCCAGCGAUGCUCUUCAGCGCAAGCAGCGUGAGGAGGAGACCCGCAAGCGCAUCCGUACCCAGCAGCUCCAGGAAGCCGAGAAGCAGCGUCUUGCUGAUGAGCAGCGUGAUCGUGAGCUCAAGCGCAUCAAGGAUGAGCAGGACCGCAUCCGGCAGGAGGAGCUCAAGAAGCAGCUCGAGGAGCUUAAAACCGGCGUCAAGGGUAUUGAUAUCAGCGAGUUCGACAUGGAUGAGCUGGAUGCCAACCGCCUGCGUGCCAUCAAGCUGGCUCAGCUUGAAAAGGAGAAGAACGAGCUCAAUGACCGUGUGCGCACUACUGCCAAGCGUAUUGACCAUCUGGAGCGUGCUUUCCGUCGCGAGGAGCUGAAGCACAUCACUGCCGAUUACGAGAAUCAGAAGAAGGCCGAUUUGGCCCUUUGGGAGAAGCAGAAGGCCGAGACUCUCAAGGAGUCCAAGCAGAAGCACGUCGAGGCUCUUGCUCUCAAGCAUCGCCUGGAGCGUCUGAUUCCUCGCUUCUCUACUUUCCGCCAGGAGAUCUCGGAGAAGCGUCACGAGGAGUUCGAGAAGCGCCGCAAGGCUGCCGAGCGCGAGCUCGAGGCCAAGAAGAAGCAGCGUGUCAAGGAAGUCCAGGAGCGCCGCCGUCGCGAGAGGCAGGAGCGCGAGGAAGAAGAAGCCCGCCGCCAAGAGGAGGCGGAGCGUGCCCAGCGCGAGGAGGAGGAACGCGCUGCCCGGGACGAGGAGCGUCGCCGUGCUUUGGCAGAGGAGAAGGCCAAGCGCGAGGAGGAGCGAGGAAAACUGGACGAGAUUGCCGCUCGCCAGAAGCAGCGCGAGGAAGAAGCGGAAGCCCGCCGCGCUCUCCGCAAAACUGGUGGUGGUUUCGAGUCCGCCGAACGCUCAGCUCCCCGUCUCAACGUCGCCCCGCGCACUGCUGCCGCUGGUGGUGGCGGCUGGCGUGACCGCCUGGCCGCUAAGGGAGAUUCCGCCGGCCCCAGUGCCCCCGAGCCCGCCCCUGCUCGCGAAGAGGCUCCCCGCCGUGGUGGCUAUGUUCCUCCCCACCUGCGUGCCGGCGCUGCUGCCAGCUCUGCUCCUACCGAGCGCUACGUGCCCCGUCAUACUCGCGAGCCCUCCGCCCCCAAGCCCGAGGAGCCUAAGGGUGCCGCCGGCGGCAAGUGGGUGCCCCGCUGGAAGCAACAGCAGAGCUAA